AUGCACAAGAUUUCCAACUUCACCGGCCAAGCUCGCCAUGGUUGGGACAAGAUGACGCCUGCAAUGGGUUUUGGCCGUCCGCACCACCAGGACAUGUCCAUGCCGCCCACCAACAUCAAGCGGAACAUGGCCACACAGCACCAGAUGCAGCCGAAUCCACAGGUCCCGGGCCAUCUUGUCAACCUCUCAUUCAACAUCCCCUUUGCUUCGAACCUCAGUGGCCCCGACCCAGACUCGGUCAUCUACGCCAGUCCUGGAGCUUACGCGCGCUGGACGCAUCCUCAGCCGAACAAUCCCGAUUCUCCGCCGCCGAACCACGAGCUCCCUGUCCACGCCCGCAAUGUCGACAACCUGCGAUCCUUGUGCAAGGUCAUUACUGAAGCUAGCAAUGCUCAGGUCCAGGCCACCGUCACCUCAGCCCGGCCCAAACCCGUGCCUGGCAUGCAGCGAGGCCCCCUGAACACUCUCGUCACAAAUGUCUGUCUUUCCGGCGACUCAGAUUUGGUCUACAAGAUGCGAGCAAAGAUCUUGAAUGAGACUCCCAUCACCUUGCGCUCCGCUACCGUCGAUGUGGACUCGACACUAAUCAUGGUUCCUGGCACCGAAGGAGUCCGUACAGACGUUCUGAGACACAUGGACGACAUCUCGGACCGUACCAAAGCCGACAUCUUCCUGCUCAACCCUCGUCCCUUGGACGUUGACUCGGCCAGCAUCCAUGGUACCAUAGACAGCCUUGUCGAAAACCGAUUACGUCUGAUGAUCUUUGGUGACAUGGAAUGUUGCGAGCAUGCAAAGACCAGGAUCUUGAUCAUGAUCGACCAAAUCCUCAUGCGACAAGUCGACACGAUCAAGCUUGAGCUUUCUCUCCACACCCUCAUCUGUGGCCGACAUCGCCGCAACAUCAAGCUCAUCGAGUCAGCUACCGGUACUGCCAUCUACUUCCCUCCGCUAUUCCCUGGCAUCUUCGGGUAUAGCCCUGCCGGCUCAUACCCUCGUGCCAGAGACGAGAUCAUCAUUACAGGCGAGAGCCAAGAGAACAUCAUGCAAGCCAAAAGACGUCUUCAAGACCUCGUCCUCACAACAAAGACAUUUGUCAAAGAUGUCGCCAUCACAACCAGCAAGGUCGACUACAUCUUGCUUGAGCGUUUGGACAAGAUUCGCAAGAUUGUAGAACAGAACGGCUCCUACGUCCUCCUGCCUCCUCUUGGCAACCACAGUGGUCUCUUGCGUGUACAAGCGACCGACAUUCUGAAUGUCGAGCGCACAGUGCGCGAUAUCAUGUCUCUGGCCGGUCAGUUCUAUAGCGCUUCAUGGUGGUUGACUCAGUUGGACCCCAUGCAAAGGCAGCCAACACCAUCCGACAUCCGUGCCAUGCUGCCCGACAUAUGCAUCAAUUCAGGCGCCGAGAUCAACUUCGAGAAGCUCAACUUCCAUAUCAAUGGAAGUGACGAUUCUGUCAAGGCCGCAAUGACCAUUAUCAACUCGCUGCCCUUUGUCAAGAAGGCCAACUCGACUCUGCGGGUCAAGGUUGAGCUUGCUAACGAACACAAAGAGUUUGUGAGCGGAAAGAAAAAUGGCAAGAUCAACAAGAUUAUGAGCCAGAGCAACGUCCAGAUUGUUUUCGAUGGCUUCAAUGAGUACAACUUCUACAUUGACGUACGCGGUGCUCAGUACGAAGCUACCAAAAAUGGUCUCGAUCUGGUCGAGCUGGAAAUGCCCGCUUCUAUCUCCUUCCACGUUCCGGAUCAAUACCACAAGCGCAUCAUCGGUAUCGGCGGUCAGCAUAUUCAACGCAUCAUGAAGAAGUACUCUGUGUUCGUCAAAUUCUCAAAUGCUAUGGAUAGAGGCGGCAUUGGCAAAGACGAUGACGAUGUCAAGGUCGAUAAUGUCAUCUGUCGUACCCCUGCAAGAAACGCCGACAACCUUGAACUUGUCAAGCAAGAGAUCAUGGACAUGGUCGAGAAGGUUGAUGCGGAGUACGUUUCCGAGCAAGUCGUCGUCGACAGACUCUAUCACCGUGAAUUGGUUGCUCGCAUGCCCGAAAUCGAGGAGCUCGAGAAGAAAUGGAACUGCAAAAUCACCUUCCCCGGAACAGAACAGGCAAGCGAUGUCAUCACCGUAUCUGGGCCUGAGUACCAAGUUCCUCAAGCCGUGGACGAAUUCCUGGGUAUGGUGCCUGAGAGUCACGAUAUCUCGUUUCCAAGCACGGUGGAACUUCGCACUUUCCUCAUGUCUGCAGAGUUUCACGACGAUGUUUUGCAGAAGCUCAAAGACCAGUAUGUUGUCGAAGUCAUUGUCCAGUCGCCAAAGCACGAAAGAAUCGGCGACGAGGAUGUUGAAGUCGAGAAUCUCCUUCUCACCUACACACGUAACAAUGCUGGCGGUCUGAAAGAUGCUAUCGAUUUUUUGGUCCUCGGGCUUGUUUCUCAUGGGCUGAGCGCGAGCACUGUGAAGGGUGCUAUCCCUCGACCAAAAUCUGACUCUUUCGAGGACUCGAUGCCAUACUUCGACUCUAAGCUUCUGCAGCGCGCGGAACCACCUGUCGUCGCCGAGUCGCCUACACGCACUCACUUUGGCAGUGGAGAAAGUAGUGAAGGCCAUCGAUCUAUCUUCGACAGACUCAGGAAGCCGGGUAGUAUGUCGUCCUUCUCGUCUUUCCUCGAGAGACGCAAGAACAGUUCCAACUCUCCCGCGUCCUCAUUGUUCAAGCAUGCUUCGAACAAUGCUUCCAAGGCCUCGCUGCAAAGCAUGGAAUCGCGAGAAUCGGGCUAUCGCAAUCCUUGGAAUGACAAUGGCCCUGACGCCGAACCUGAUAGCGCCAACAAUCAGGCAAACGGUGGAUGGGCAACUCUGGCUGCGGCAGGCAGCCGACCAGCCACUUCGUCGGCAUCGCUUACUUCGUCGACACCUUACGAAAGCAAAUUUCCUUUUGGCGCCGGGCGUAAUGGCUCUACGACUUCGCUUAACACCACUUUGAUACCCGGGCUAGGCGGCGACGUCGCCUCCAACAAUGCCCACUACCAUACCAAUGCCAACCGGUCAGCCUCGAUUUCUGUCGAGGUUGUCAAUGCCAACAGCGGCAAUGUGUCCGCAUCGUCAUCCUCAUCUACACAUGGCCCGGUUGGCUCGCGUCCUUCGAGUUCUGCUGCUGCUGCACCUGCUUCUGGAUACCCGGCUCCCAUAGGGCCUCCGCAAUGA